UAUAGUUUUAGUUUGAGUGAUUCGCAAUUGUAGAUGUCAUUUCAUGUCAUAGUAAUUUAGAACUCAAUUUCUUGUUGCGAUGGCAGAAAACAGAGAAGAAAUCUUAGCAAACUUCCAGGGUAUAACAGCCAUUGAAGACGUUGCUGAAGCUAUCUAUCACCUUGACGAGUCCAACUGGGAUUUACUGACAGCUAUAAACCGAGUGAUGCCGCAGGAUGGAAACGCCGCCGCCGCGGACGCACAAGAUGACACUCACAACGUUGAAAUGAUAGACGACGAUAUAUCUGUGAUAACGCCAAAAACACACCCACCAGAUAGAGAAGAUAAUAAUCAAGCUUCAACAUCAUCGAUUAAUAGGAACAGUACGAACGGUUUUGUUGAGCUACAAAUAAACUGGAAUAACAAAAUGUAUGGAAUUAAAAUUAAUGGCACAGCCACUGUUAGUGAUUUAAAGAAACAUCUAGAAUUAAUAAGCGGGGUGCCGUCGUGCAGACAACUGAUAUCGGGUUUGGGGGGAUCGAAGGCGGUCCCCUCGGCCACCCUUGGCAGUCUCGGUCUCGUGAAGAACGCCGUCGUCAGACUGAAGUCUGCCGAUCAGCAAAUGGUUGCCGACGAUGAUGUGGCGGAGAGAUUGACGACAACGUACACGCUUCACAUCAAACACAAUGACAGGGACUACACCCUAAAGUACCCCGGAACAAAAUCUGUGAGGGAAGUGAAGAACGAUAUCUACUCACUUACGGACAUACCGGCCAGGCAUCAGUCGUGGACAGGGUGGCCGUCAGUGUCGGGGCUGGACGACACGGUGCUGGCAAUGGUCGGCCUGGACCUGCCGCAACACGAGCUCACAGUCAAAAGGGCGCCCGCCAAACCACUCAAGGAAUACAAGAGGAUUGCUUUGAGGACUGAAGAUAAUACAAUAAUAGUCGAAAGUUCAGACAGCGAGAACAGUUCUGUUGAAGAAGUCGAGGACACCGGCUUCACGGGAGAAGACGACAUGUUCGUCGACAUAGCUAAUUCGGAGAGGUUGCAGCCACUCAUGUCGGAAAACGUAGAAGACGAGGCGCUGGGCUGCAUAGAGUUCGCGAGUCGGUUCCGCGCCCGCUACGGACCCAACAUACCGAACUUCUUCGAGGGAACCCUCCAGGACGCCAUCAAGGAGUCCUGUCUCAAACCUGCCAAAGAAAGAAAGCUCCUGGGCGUGUACCUGCACCACGAGCAGUCCGUGCUGUCCAACGUGUUCUGCGCGCAGCUGCUGGGCAGCGACGCCGUGCUGCAGACGCUGUCCGCUAACUUCGUCAUAUACGGAUGGGAUCUCACGCAUCCCAAUAAUAAUAAUCUGUUGUUAACCUCAGUAGCGACGGCUUUGGGGUCGGUCGCCAGUAUGACGAUACAGAGCAUCCCCGUCGACAGACUACCAGCCUUGGUCAUCAUAAUGAGAGUUCGUUCUAAUACCGAAAUAUACUCUGUUAUUAAUGGCAAUGUGGGCGUGUCAGAGCUGGUCGGUGGCUUAGUGGAAGCAUUGGAGCGGUUCGCGAUACAGCGGGACGAGGACGCGAGACUGGAGCGGGAACGGGACGCGAGGCAGCGCGUCAAACUCGAACAAGACGAGGCCUACAUGAGGAGUCUUGAAGCUGACAGAGCGAAAGAAGAAAUAAAAAAGCAACAAGAAAUAGAAAAGAAUCUGGAAUUAGAGAGAGCCGAAUCGGAAAGACAAAUGGAAGAAGCCAAGAAGGAGGCGCUCCGCUCGGAGGCGGCGGCGCGCGUGCCCGCCGAGCCCGGCGCCGGGUCCCGCGAGGUGGCGCGCAUCCGCGUGCGCCUGCCGCCCCCGCACCACGACUGCAUCGAGCGGAGGUUCAACGCCGACGACACGCUCGCCGCAUUGUUAGAUUUCCUAGCAUCCAAAGGUUAUCCGCAAGAAAACUACAAGGUCAUCUCUAGCUGGCCUAGAAGAGACCUCACCGUGGAAUCUCACAACAGUACCCUGAAAUCAUUGAAGCUGUGCCCACAAGAAACGGUUAUGCUUGAAGAGCGGUGAAGAAGACCACUUUGAGUGCAUCACUGUAAAGUGAAUUAGGGCUGUGUGCGUGUUCGGCCCGCGGAACUGAUAUAGGAUCGGUGGCAGUGCUCGUUAAUUGUACCGAAGCGUGUUUGUCAGGCUUAUGUGUAGUCUGUAUGAAUUAUUACAUUAGAAAAUAUAAACAAUUUUUCAACUUGA